CAAGACGCGAAAGCCCUGUAAUUUAGCGGUGUUGUUAAUGGGAAGGGCUUUCUCAUCGAACCCUUUAUCUUUAAGCCUCCCUGACCCGGCAUUCGAGUCAUGGCUACGUGACUCUGGCUACCUUGAACUUCUCGACACCAACUCCGCCGCCUUAUCCACCACUUCCUCCACCACCGCAACCACCACCAGUGCCACUAUUACCCACAGCCUCUUUCAUUAUUUAUGGACCUUUUUUUCUCUCCUCACAGUCAACCCCUUUGCUAAGCUGACCACCGAUGAUUUCUCCGCCCGCACCCCCUCUUGGACGCACGAGUUUUUUGGCUUCGCAGGCUCUUACUCCUUCCCCUCGUCGCCAGACACUCUCAAAUUGAGGGUUCAAGAGAACGUCAAACGAUAUGCCAGAAAUUAUGCUACUUUGUUUAUUCUCUUCUUUGCCUGCUCCUUGUACCAGAUGCCGCUAGCUCUUCUUGGGUUGAUCUCAAGUUUGGCGAUUUGGGAUUUGUUCAAGUUCAGUAGUGAUAAAUGGAAAUUUGAUCGAUAUCCUGUGAUUCGGCAAAUUCUGAUUCGUAUUGCGCAAUGUGCUACUGUGAUUAUUUUGAUAUGUUUGAAUGUUCAGAUGGCUCUCUUCUAUGCACUCUCUGUCGGUUACACAGUUAUGAUUUUGCAUGCUGCAUUCCGGAAGCUUGCUUCUCAAAAGCAACCUUCUCGGGGCAGGUAGCAAUAAAUAUAUGAUGAUAGAGAGUUCGGUUUGAGUUUGGUUUUGCUGCAAGAGAUCAACAAGUUUGCGUGCUACAAAAAUAGCUGGGAGUUUAAUGUUAUUACAGGAAUCAUUAUUUUUAUGUUCCAGUGUCGCUUUUAUAUAAGCAAUGCUAUAUCAUUGACUAAUCUCUUUUAUACCAAAAAAAAAAAAAAAAAAAAUCAUGAAUCGCUUAGCAAGCCAGAUAGAUUCUGAUUUCAGUUUGACUUUGACAUUCAAUAUGUAAGUAUACAAUAUCUUGGUUGGUUUGCAUAUUAUUUUUGAAGAAGAGAGAAGAAGUAACCCUUUUGUAAAAAUACAUUCCAAUAUAUAGAGUACUGUAAUACCAAUUCCCUGGAAUUUUGAGAUUUCAUGUUAUUUUUCUGGUGGAAUUA